UCAUAUCAUCAGUAAGUUAGAGUUACGCCAUGUUCGAUUUAAUCACCUCAUGCUAGUACUUUUUUGGUCUACCUCUACCUCUUCUGAAACCAUCCAUAGUCAACUAUCUCACGACACUGAAACAUCCGUGCAUCAUCUCUUUUUAUAAUCGUACAAACUGAUCUCGCCUCCAUGCAUAACCUGUCCUCUGCCUAGGCCACUCUUAUAUUAUCCCAGAUAUCCUUUUUUUAUUUAAGAUUAUUGAAACAUAUUUAAUAUGUAGAAAUUUAGCUAGAAUUAUUUUAUAAGUAAAAAAUACAUAAUGAUCUGUAUUGUCCAUCAUUCAAUUUACAAAAAUGUCAAAUUAAAGAAGAUUCCAUUUCUCAAACCCUUCCCUAUAAAUAUAUACCCCAAGCCGUAACACGCUGAUCAUCAGCAAACAACUAAUUAUAUCACAUUAUCAUUUCCUCACAAAAAGAUUUCCUUGUUUCUUUUUAUCGAGCAAGACUGCAAAAAUGUCUUUAAUGCCUCUAUUUAACGGUCGCAAAAACUAUGCUCGCCGUGUACAAAAUCCUUCACCAGCCACGACAGUUACGCAUCAAUCUCAAGCAAAUCAGGAUCGAUCAAAUAAUUUUUAUGAUCGAGGUGAGCAAAAUGUUUACUAUCCAUCAACAAAAAUUUUUGCUCAUCAUCAAUCCCAAGAAAAUCAGGAUCAACACAAUCUUUAUGAUCCACGAACAACAAGAAUAACUCAACAAUCCCAAACAAGUCGAGGUCAACAAGAUCCUAAUAAUUAUCAUCCCUCUCAUGAAUUUUAUCUCGAAACCCCUCGAUCUCUCAUAGCACCAGCACUAUCAUUCCCACAAGAACCCCCAUUUCUAGCUCAAAUCCACUAUAAAGCAACCCCAGAAGCACAUGUGUUUAGAGCUAAUUUGCAUGGAUACAAGAAAGAAGAAGUGAAGGUACAAGUGGAGGAUGAUAGAGUCCUAAAGAUUAGUGGGGAGAAAAAAUUAGUACAAAAAGAAUAUGACGAUUGGCACCAUUUUCAGAGAAAAAUUGGGAAAUUUUCAACUGCUUUUAACUUGCCUGAGGAUGCUAGGGUUGAUAAAGUGAAAUCAUCGAUGGAGAAUGGAGUGCUUAUUGUCACUGUUCCUAAAAAGGGUGUCAAGAAAUCACACGUUAGAAUAGUUCAAAUACUCUGAUAUAUAUAUAUAUAUAUAUCUUGUCAAAAAAUGUUACCGUUGAAUUGUUAAAUAGAGGCCACAUACGUAUCUAUAUAUUAAUAUAGUGGUGUGAAAUAAGAAUGAAAAAAAUAAAGGGAAGUGUAAGGUCAUUAGUUAAUGGAGUCGAUUAGGUAUAUGCUUGUGUAAUAUUAUUAGUAGCUUACUCAGAAAUAGUGUAUUUUUCCCCAUAA